UGUCUCUCGGCAUGGCGGAGAUGAUGGAGCUUGGUCUGCUGUAUAAUAACAUUAGUUUUUCUUUGUGAGGAGCAGUAGGUUUCUUUUGUUGUCGGUUAACCGUACUGCACCGUUCUUUACCCCCUCUUUCGGGCCGUAAUGGCGGAGCGCGGUGUGGAUGUGUCGGCUCUGCCCCAAGAGGUCCGGGAGCAGCUCGCUGAGCUGGACCUGGAGCUGUCGGAGGGUGACAUCACACAAAAAGGUUACGAGAAGAAGAGGGCCAAACUUUUAGCACCCUACUUGGUUCAAACUCAAACUUUGGCUCCACCUCCAGCCUAUGAUGGACAGUCUCCUGGUCUGAGCUCUGCCCCUGCACCCAAACCUGGCCCCUCAAACUCUUCCUCCUCCUCCUCUCGCCACCGGCGCACACGCCGACCUCAUCGAAGCAGCGGGACGAGAGAUGAACGCUAUAGAUCAGAUAUCCAUACUGAGGCCGUUCAGGCAGCACUGGCAAAGCAUAAGGAGGAAAAGAUGGCGCUGCCCAUGCCAACCAAACGGCGCUCCACAUAUGUACAGUCACCAGUUGACAACUGCACCCCACCAGACUCUUCCUCAUCCUCUGAUGAUGAGGCAGUGUCCAGUGAAAGUGCAGGGCCUCAGCAGUCUCCAGACACCUGGAUCAACAGCUCUCUGCACGCCUCCUCCACCUCCUCUUCUGCCUCCUCCACUCUCUCUCAUGGGGAGUCUAGGUCCGCCCAGGCCCCUCAGUCUCAGCAGGCCCUGCCCCCACCCGCACCUGCCCAGCCGCCCCACUCCCAGCCCUCCGCGCUGGCUGAGGCCUUUGCACAAACACGCAUCGAUCCAGGAGGAGGAGUUGGGCCCCCUGAUGUGCCAUCCCAAGCUCAGGCUAGAGGCUCUCGUGUGGAUCUGCCUACCAAUGCCGUGGUGCGAGGGAUGAGUCGAGGACAGAGCCGCUCCAGCAUGAUGGAGACCGCAGACGUGAGAAGAGUAGGCAGAGGUGUUCCGGUGUCCAGUCGCGUGUCCACGAAGAUCCAGCAGCUGCUUAACACACUGAAACGACCCAAACGGCCACCACUCAGCGAGUUCUUCAUGGAUGACCAAGAGGAGAUUGUGGAAGUUCCUCAGGCAGAUCCUAACACCCCUCGGCCAGAAGGCCGGCAGAUAAUCCCUGUGAAGGGGGAGCCGUUGGGUGUGGUCAGUAACUGGCCUCCUGCCCUUCAGGCAGCAUUAGCUCGAUGGGGUGCCACACAAGGCAAAAGUCCCGCCCUCACAGCUCUUGAUAUCACAGGGAAACCACUCUAUACACUUACAUAUGGGAAACUUUGGAGUCGUAGUGUGAAGCUGGCCUACACUCUCCUCAACAAAUUGGGAACCAAAAAUGAGCAGAUCCUCAAACCAGGCGACAGGGUGGCGCUGGUGUAUCCUAACAGUGACCCUGGUAUGUUCUGGGUUGCGUUUUAUGGCUGUUUGUUGGCUGAAGUCAUUCCUGUGCCCAUCGAGGUUCCAUUAUCACGAAAGGAUGCUGGGAGCAGUCAGGUUGGAUUUUUGUUGGGUAGCUGUGGGGUGGGUCUGGCUUUGACAAGUGAGAUCUGUUUGAAGGGUUUACCCAAAACACCCACUGGAGAAAUAUUGCAGUUUAAAGGCUGGCCCAGGUUAAAGUGGGUGGUGACAGACUCCAAAUACCUCACCAAGCCUUCGAAAGACUGGCAGCCACAUAUCCCAACAGCCAACACAGACACUGCUUAUAUAGAGUACAAGGCCAGUAAGGAGGGCACAGUGAUGGGUGUUGCAGUUUCGAAGGUUGCCAUGUUAACACAUUGCCAGGCACUCACUCAGGCCUGUAACUAUUGUGAGGGUGAGACACUGGUGAAUGUUUUGGACUUUAAGAAGGACAUGGGUUUGUGGCAUGGAGUUCUCACUAGUGUGAUGAACCGAAUCCACACCAUCAGUGUUCCAUAUGCAGUAAUGAAAGCCUGUCCACUCUCCUGGGUUCAACGAGUACACAUACACAAAGCGCGGGUGGCAUUGGUGAAGUGUCGUGACCUGCACUGGGCGAUGAUGGCUCACAGAGAUCAGAGAGACACCAGUCUGGCCUCCUUGCGCAUGCUUAUUGUUGCUGAUGGAGCCAAUCCUUGGUCAGUGUCAUCAUGUGAUGCGUUUUUGAACGUAUUCCAGGCUUAUGGCCUAAAGCCAGAGGUCGUAUGCCCAUGUGCUACAUCACCUGAGGCCAUGACAGUUGCCAUACGCAGGCCUGGGGUCCCUGGAGCUCCUCUUCCAGCGAGAGCCGUCCUGUCAAUGUCUGGACUGAGUCAUGGGAUCAUCAGGGUCAACACUGAAGACAAGAACUCUGCUCUCACUGUACAGGAUGUGGGACAUGUCAUGCCUGGAGCAUUGAUGUGUAUUGUGAAACCGGAUGGGCCACCCAUGCUGUGUAAGACCGAUGAGAUUGGAGAGAUUGUUGUGAACUCUCGUGCUGGAGGAAACAUGUACUAUGGCCUGCCUGGAGUCACCAAAAACACUUUUGAGGUGAUCCCAGUCAACGCUAGUGGUGCUCCUAUUGGUGAAAUCCCAUUUGUGCGAUCAGGAUUAUUGGGGUUUGUUGGACCGGGUAGUCUGAUAUUUGUGGUGGGUAAGAAUGAGGGCUUGUUAAUAGUUAGUGGUCGUCGUCACAGUGCUGAUGAUCUGGUAGCAACAGCACUAGCGGUGGAACCAGUCAAAACUGUGUACAGAGGCAGGAUCGCUGUAUUCUCAGUGACUGUGUUCUAUGAUGAGAGGAUAGUCAUUGUAGCGGAGCAGAGGCCUGAUGCCAGUGAGGAGGACAGCUUUCAGUGGAUGAGUCGAGUUCUACAGGCCAUUGACAGUAUUCAUCAGGUGGGAUUGUAUUGUCUCGCCCUGGUGUCUGCCAACACCCUGCCCAAAACCCCCCUGGGGGGCAUUCACAUCUCAGACACUAAACAGCUCUUCCUGGAGGGGGCGCUGCACCCUUGUAACAUCCUCAUGUGCCCCCACACCUGUGUCACCAACAUGCCCAAGCCACGCCAAAAACAACCAGUUGGUGUCGGCCCCGCUUCUAUCAUGGUGGGUAAUUUGGUUGCUGGGAAAAGAAUUGCACAGGCUGCAGGCAGAGAUCUGGGACUUAUAGAAGACCAAGACCUGGUCAGAAAGCUGUGCAUGUGGCCUACGAUGAUGCAUCAGUUCCUACCAGAGGCUUUACAGUGGAGAGCGCAAACAGACCCCGACCAUACGCUCUAUGUGCUAUUGAAUGCAAAGGGAGUGGCAGUGUGUACAGCUACAUGUGUUCAGCUUCAUAAAAGAGCAGAGAAGAUUGCUGCUGCUCUCAUGGAGAGAAGUGGAAUUAACAUGGGAGAGAAUGUGGUGCUUUUGUAUCCACCAGGUAUAGAUCUGAUCGCAGCAUUUUAUGGAUGUUUGUAUGCUGGUUGUAUUCCUGUUACCGUGAGGCCUCCACACCCACAGAACCUCUCUGCUACUCUACCCACUGUCCGCAUGAUCAUUGAUGUCAGUAAGGCUGCCUGCAUUCUUACUACUCAGGUUUUAAUGAAGAUUCUCAGAUCUAAAGAAGCAGCCACAACUGUCAACAUAAAAACGUGGCCUAUCAUAAUUGACACAGAUGACUUGCCUCGCAAACGGCCUCCCACAAUCUUCAAACCACCCAAUGCUGAAGUGAUCGCCUACCUGGAUUUCAGUGUCUCAACCACAGGCAUGCUUACAGGGGUGAAGAUCUCUCAUGCGGCAGUGGGCGCGCUGUGUCGAUCUAUAAAGCUUCAGUGUGAGCUCUAUUCCUCUCGCCAGAUCGCCAUCUGCCUCGACCCCUACUGCGGACUUGGUUUUGUGCUAUGGUGUCUUGCGAGUGUAUACUCAGGUCACCAAUCUAUCCUGAUCCCUCCAUUGGAGCUAGAGAGUUCACUGACCCUGUGGCUGGGCACACUCAGUCAGUACCGAAUCAGAGACACCUUCUGCUCCUACUCUGUCAUGGAGCUCUGCACCAAGGGCCUGGGUGGACAAACCGAGCAGCUGAAGGCACGUGGUGUGAAUCUGGCAUGUGUGAGGAGCUGUGUGGUAAUUGCUGAGGAGCGUCCACGGUUAGCUCUCACACACUCCUUCUCCAAACUCUUUAAAGACCUUGGACUCUCCAUGCGGGCUGUCAGCACUGCUUUUGGGUCGAGAGUUAACCUGGCCAUCUGCCUACAGGGUACCACUGGACCAGACCCCUCAACUGUAUAUGUGGACAUGAAGUCCCUUCGACAUGACAGGGUGAGGUUAGUAGAGCGAGGAGCACCACAGUCACUUCCUCUCAUGGAGUCUGGAACAAUUCUUCCGGGUGUGAGGGUGAUUAUAGUCAAUCCAGAAACUAGAGGACCAUUAGGAGACUCUCACCUGGGAGAGAUUUGGGUAAACAGUCCCCACAAUGCAACAGGAUACUAUACUAUAUAUGGAGAGGAAAAUCUGCAGGCCGACCACUUCAACACUAAGCUGAGCUUCGGAGAUCCACAAACACUCUGGGCCAGAACUGGAUACCUGGGUUUUGUCAAGAGAACUGAACUCACAGACUCCAGUGGAGAUCGCCAUGAUGCUCUGUUUGUUGUGGGCUCUCUGGAUGAAACUUUAGAACUGAGAGGUCUGCGAUAUCAUCCCAUUGACAUCGAGACCAGUGUAUUACGUGCCCACCGCAGCAUUGGCGAGAGUGCUGUGUUCACCUGGACAAAUCUGCUGGUGGUGGUGGCUGAACUCUGUGGAUCAGAGCAGGAUGCAUUAGACCUGGUUCCUCUGGUAACCAAUGUUGUAUUAGAGGAGCAUCAUCUAAUUGUGGGUGUGGUGGUUAUUGUUGACCCUGGGGUCAUCCCCAUCAACUCAAGAGGAGAGAAGCAGCGAAUGCACUUGAGAGACUCCUUCCUGGCAGAUCAGUUGGACCCCAUAUACGUAGCAUACAACAUGUGAGACGUGUUAUGGGCAAGACAGUGGCCUCCCAGAGAGGUGCUAUGGAGCCUGGCCUCAGAGUGUGCUACUUAAGGCGCAAAGGGUUUGGGUUGUUAAAUGGUUUGGAAAGACAUGGCCAUUUUUCUUCAGGGGCAAGAUGCUAACCGAAACACAAAUGUGUUCGAUGACUGUUUUGGAGGAGGCUAUCAUAAUGCUAUUAUAAGAUGCUUUUUUUCACCAUCGGGCCAAUUGGUUCUCAUUGCAGAACUGUUCCGUACCAAUCUGCUGACGAUGAUGAGAAAUCUUGGGCAGGGAACGUUUUGUAAUCAUACCAUACGGAACCAUGCUGAAGUGGAAAUGCCAUUGAAAACGCUACUCACAGUGUUCAGAACCGUUUGGCCCAAUGGUGGAAAAGCGCUUAUAGAAUUUCCCUUUUUUUGCUAACUUCCUUUAUCCCAACCCAUUUCACCCCAAAAUGCCACAUACUGUCUGUCCAACUCUUGGUCAAGAUUUAAAUUUACUUGAAUCACUUAUGUCAUAGCUAGAGAUAAUCCAAUUGACAGAUAUAUUUAAGCCAAUAUCCACACUUCUUUAUAUUUCGUGUCUACCAAUUAAUGGCACUAUUUGGUAGGUGUCUAAAAUGCCAUUACACUACUCUGGAACAAUAGUGUUCACAGGUAAAGUAAUUUAACCUACUUGUUUAAUGUACUGUUUGCAAAAAAUGCUGAACUUUUUAAAUAACAGCCAGUCUUACUAUUGUAGUCAAAUGAUUAUUUAUUUAGAUUAUUGUCAAAAAGCAAAAUUGAAAAAUGACAUAUUUAAAAAUGGUUCUGAAAUAUUGUUAUCAGACACUUAAACAUAAAACAUAACCUGUAUUGGUGGUUAAAAAAUGUUGGUCAGUCUUUAGUCAUAGCUGCUUCUUCUUUUGAAACACUCUCCUAUCCACUUUUUCCUGUAUGCAGAAGUAUUCCAAGACUCAUAACGGAAGCCUGUUUUUGUUUUUGGUCUCCAGUGAUUUCACUUACAUUGGCGCAUGUUCUUAGCAAAUAAUGUUUAACGUAUUAAAUUUGAAAAAGAAAAAGAAAAAUUAAAUAUAAAAAAAUAUAUCUCAGCUCUGUAGGUCCAUACAAUGCAAGUGAAUGGGUUGAAAAGCUUCAUAAAGCAAAUAAAGGCAGCAUAAAAGUAAUCCAUCAGACACCAGUGGUUUAAUCCAUGUCUUCUGAAGUGAUCCAAUUGACUUUGGGUGAGAACAGACCAAAAUGUAACUCAAUUUUGACUAUAAAUCUUGACAUCCACAGUCUCCUUGGCGAUCACGAUUUCAAGCUUGAUUACACUUCCUAGCGCCAUCUAGUGCUCUGCGCAUGCGUCAAGCACUAGGAAGUGUAAUCGAGCUUGAAAUCAUAAUCGUGCCUAGACACUGCAAAAGCAAAUGAGUUACAUAUUGGUCUGUUCUCACCCAAAAUCAAUUGGAUCGCUUCAGAAGACAUGGACUAAACAACUGGAGUAUAUGGAUUACCUUUAUGCAGUCUUUAUGUGCUUUUUGGAGCUUGAAUGUGUUGGACCCCAUUCAGCGGUAUUGUAUGGACCUACAGAGGUGAGAUAUUCUUUUAAAAUCUUAAUUUGAGUUCUGCAUAAGAAAGAAAGUCAUACACAUUUGGGAUGGCACGAGGGUGUGUAAAUGAUUAAAGAAUUUUACAUUUUUGGGUGAACUAUUCCUAUAAAAUGGUUGUUGUUCUCCGCCUGGAACGGUCAUAUUAGUAGUUUUGACAUUGCCUCUAAUGGAGACCGGAACCAGAAAACAGUCCAGUGGCAGUCAGAAUCAUCAUGGCGACACCCAGUGGCUAGUCGGGAAAACGGUUGAUUUUAGCUCUAUCUGUAGUACUUUUAAAAAGAAAAUAGCUUAAAGCCUCAGUUUUUAAGUCUUUAAUAAUUAUGAGUAUAUCCACAAAACUGAUGUGCAAUUGACCACCUAAAAACAAAAUAUCUAGGUUACUGCGUUUUAUAGGGCUGUUUUGAAUCAUUGGAGUAUCAGUACUCCCCUGUGGUCAUUUGUCAUUUACCAGAUGCUUUUUUAUCCAAAGCAGCUUACAGUACACUUAAUACAGAGACAGUCGCUUCAAAACCUGGGGUUAAGUGCCUUUCUCAAGGGCAGUAUGGUGAUAGGACAUCUUUGUAACGCUGUAGUUGAUAGAAUGUUCUUACUCUGGUUAAAACCAUCAACCUUUUGGGCUGCAUACCCAGAUCUUUAAGAUGUGAUACUACCACCACCCCUUAGAAAGGACUGCUUAAUCCCUGGGUGGGCUCAACCAACCAUUUUUCCAGAUUAUGCCACAGGGACUGCAGUGGCCCCUAUGGUAGUUGUUCUAAAUUUGAAUGUAACAUAACCUUUUGGAAAGGAGGCUGCGGAACUUCUGAGCUGGAAUGAAAAAAUACUGUUUUUGCUCAGAACGAACCGAAAUUAAAAACAUUUCUGCCACUGGGGCUUUAAAAAAACAGAUAAUGAGCUAUUUCUGUUAUGAGCUUACAUCCUGCAUUCUGUAUAUUUUUAAUAUUUCAUAAUGAUUUAUAGUUUUGUUUUGUACAAGGAAAAUACCUACACAAUAACUCACCAAAAUGAACGUUUAUCUUUUUUUGUUUUACCUACAGUAUAUUAGGCAAGCUGUUAUUACCAGCCUGUAUUUGAAUUAUAUUGGUUUAGGGUUAAAUCAUGGAGCCUCAAUCAUUGAAUUUCAGAACAAUUUUAAAUGAUUAAUAUCAAGUAGAAGAUAUUUAAAAAAUUAGGAGAUAUUUAAACCAUAAGCUGUUGAAAGGCUUCAUGAAUCGGAUAUGGACAAGUAUAUUUUACACUCAAAUUUCAUAAAAAAUAGAAGGGAUUUAAAAAAUAAAAAAAAACAUCUACAAUACAGCAUGAUACUACAAAAGCCAUAACUUACAAUGCUCAACAAAGGACUAAAAAAAUUUUUUGAAAAACUUGUUAAAAAAAAGCACUUUCCAACAACCCUGUUCCCUCAACCCAAGUUCAGCAUGAGGAUAAACAUCCAUAAUAUUUUUAAUGAUCCUUUAUGCACUUUAUUAGAUAUAUGCUGAUAUAUUCAGUAACAUGAACUAGUAAUAUCUGUCAAGCAGAAGGCAUGUUUAGUCUGUUAUGUCAUGUUUACUUACAUCCAUUACUAGGUAGUAUAUGACUACCAUGUACAAAAGAAAAAUGUAGGCAUGUAAAAAGCACAUUUCUGGGACACAUAUUGCUCUAAUGCCCAGCCUCUACUCCUUUGUCCUCAGCUUACCCUCCACAUAUAGAGUUUGAACAGUAAGCAACACUACACUGUAAACCCUAAUAAGUUAGCAGAACUCCAGAAAUUUUGAGGCUUUCAGUUACAUAAAUAUCUUUUAAUUAAAAAAAAAACUCCCAAGUUUAAGUUUAAUAAAAGUUUCAGCUUUUGAUUUUGUACUACACAUGCAUGUUAAUUGUUUUCAACUUGAAAUAUUGAGUAAACUAACUCAUACAUUUUGAUGGCACUUUAAAUUGAACUCUUUGGCUGAAAUUAAAAUGACCAUGUAAGCUCAACUUCAAGUAGAGAGAACCUGUAGAGAGUACUAGCCAGAACUAGCUAAUACAGUGAAUGCUAAUAUGCUGAAUGCAUGCCAAUUGGAAAUACUAUGCUUUGAGUAGCAUAGCAAUUGUUUAUUGAGUAUAGCUAUAUACUAUAGAACAAUCUUAAAUUGUACAUUGUACCUGUCCUCAACCUAAGCUCAAGCACUAUUCACCAUAAUGGUCACCCCAAAAAAAACGUUAACAAACUCUUCUAAAUAACACAACAAAACAUUAAACACUAACAAGUCUCCCCAUUUACAUUCAUCUUGCACAAAGACACACUAUAUAACACUUAAUUUUAAAUUCAUUAAACUCAAAACAAUAAAACAAUUCAGGUGUAACGAGUUUCACAGCAUGGGCAAGGAGGAGGCGGGAACCAGCUGAACAGCAACAUAAACUUUAAUGACAGAACAUAACUCAAACAACAUAAAGGUGCUUUGCAGCAAACAAAAUAAAGAUGCACACACACAACAUGUGCAUCUCUCUCUCUCAAACUGGCAUCCCGGCCCCUCUUUAUCUCUCUCCCGCUGAUUAGACAACUCAACGGCAGGCGUGCGUCAUCAUGGCCUGGCCAUGCCCUCCUCUUCGUCACACUCCUCCACCUCCAGAUUCAGGCCAGGGAAACCUCUGGCCUGACCUACUCCCCUCCUCCCUUCCUGGAGGGGAGGUGUUGCCCUUUCGGCCGUCCUUCCCCGCCUCCUGGGAAACUAAGAGAGAGACGAGGGGAGGGAGAGGGGAGAGAGAAAGAGUGAGCAGGAGAGACAGAACAAGAGAGAGAGAGAAAAAGUGGCUCGCCGGUCCCCGGACACACUGUCGCCUGGUCCUCGGCCAGCUGGGCAGCGGUCCUUCACGACGCCGGGCGAUGGCACUGGACAUCGCCUCCCGGCAGACAUCAGCGGCUCGUCCACCUCCUGGCGGCCGGCAGCGAGCUCCUCUGCCCCUGGCAGUGGCUUCUCCGUCUCCUGGCGAAUGGCAGCGGGCUCCUCCGCCUCCUGGCGAACCACUCCAGUACCACCGUAUCAUACCUCCUCGGCGUCGCGACCCUCCAACAGCAGCGAAGGCUCUCCGACAGUGCAUCUCUCCUCCCUCCGGGGUUUUGGCACCAAUGUAACGAGUUUCACAGCAUGGGCAAGGAGGAGGCGGCAGGAACCGGCUGAGCAGUCAACGAAACUUUUAAUGACAUAAAAGAAAUGAAACAUAACAUAAAACACAUAGACGCACACAUACAGCGGCCACGUGUUUCUCUCUCUCUCAAACUGGUGCCCCUGGCUUAUCUUUAUCCCCGCGGCCCGGCCAUGCCCUCCUCCUCAUCACAUCAGGUUACUUAAAAGGUGUCAGUUUUGUGAACUCAAAAGAUAAAGUUCAAAAUACUCAUCAAGGUUAAUUUAUUUGAUCUAAUUUGUAUUAUUUAAUUUUUCCCAAUUCAAAACAAGAAAUUAUUUCGAGCAUUAGGGUUUACAGUGUAAUAUACACUUAGUAUGGAUUAUUUUUGUGAUGUUUCAAGAACUAUCACCAACUACAAACCAAAUUACAAACCAACCCAAACCAAACAGAAAACAAAAACUGAGGUAUCGCUCUAUUUUUCCUCUCAACUAAAGGUGCUUUCAAACAUCAGGACAACCAUUUAAACCUCUAAAUAAGGAUUAAAAAUAAAUAAGGAGAAAGAAAGAAAAUAUAUUCAGGCAUCUGUACAAUAAAACAAACCCGUUAACUGUAAAAUAACAUGACUUUGUGUACUAGCUAGCCCCCCAUGAACACCCAACUGUACAAAUGCAUAGAUUUUAUAUGCUUGGCAAAAGGAUCUUCAAAGGACAGUUGCUCUCUCCUGUACUAUAGACAUUUUUAUCAGGAAUAAUUCUGACUUCUUGUAUACCAUAAAUGAUUGUAAAUAACUGCUUGUGUACAGAUGAGAAAUUCUACUGUACUGUACGUUAGUUGCUUUAUUCUGUUUUUUUGAUUAAUAUGAAUAUUAACUACUGUCACUGACCCCUUUGUAGCUGAGCAGGGGUUUAAAGUUUAAGACUAAUUGUAAAUAGCUUGUUCUGUUUCUGUUUGUUCUUUUUAUGGUUUAAAAAAAAAAUUAAUGGGUUGAAAUCUGUGUGAAGAUGGUAUGCAAAGUCUUUAUGAUGUAAGCAAGAGACUAUUUUCAAAGUCCAAAGAGACUAUUUUCAUGUUAGCCAAAUCUCAUUAGUUAAAAGGGGUUGUGUACGCGUGUAUGUAUGUUAAGAGUUUACGAUGACAAGCGUGUGCAUUGAUAGUUUACAGUUACUGUAUAUUUACUGACAACCGGUUUAUAACCGUGAGAACACAGUUGAAAGGCCGCUUCAGAUACACUGUCUUUAAAUGUAUUUUCUCAUUCUUACUCUCAUAAAGAUAUCAGAGUUGAGUUCAUAUGAAAGCACAAGUGAAUGAAUGAGCUUUUACAUGGGACAUUCAGGGAAACAGUGCUUUCCAGGAGACAGGAUAUUCAUAUUUAAAUAUUCACUUUAAAGUUUGUAAUGCUUUUUGUUCUUUUAAGAAACAAUUUAGUUGUCAUUUACAGGCAAUAACCGAGACUUGUUAACCAUAUUAUGGAAAAGACAGGAAAUAAAAGACAUAAUUGGUUCAGUUUAUUAAAAUUCUGAGAUGCCAUCUAAGUGCAGGAAUCACAAGAAAUGGUCCACACUAUGCAACCAGUUGCAGUCACAUUCCAAAUUACACAUUUGGGGGACACACAAUGUGUGGAAUAACGAACAAUUUAUUUGCUUGCAAUGUAGUACAGCAUAAAAUGGAAACAUGCAACAGGAACUUGACUUUAUUGUUUAGAUAGUUCAUAUUGCUCUUGUGUUGACAAAAACCUUUUAUAGUUUUGUUUAAUUCUCAUAAUAUUAAUAAUAGCAGUAUGGUCAUUAUGUAUAUCCAAGAAACUGAUACUUCACAAUUUUAGUCAUUCAUGGAUGUAAAUGAAAGUCAUGAUUAUGCAAACAAGCAUUCCCCUGUUAGUUCACAUUUUUUUUCUUUUCUUUUUUGGUACAUUGGUCACUGUUACUGUUUUGUACUUCAAUGAAAAUCAAGAAAAAAUAAUAAAAUGCUUUUAUUUUG